AUGGAAGAACAAACAUGGAGAUUUAGCCAAUGCUUUGGUGAUAAGGGAGAUAUUGAAAACAUAACCGAGGCUGAUAUAAUAUCUACCGUGGAAUUCGACCGUUCGGGUGAUUACUUGGCCACAGGAGAUAGAGGUGGGCGUGUCGUGCUAUUCGAGAGGAACGAGAACAAGAAGAACUGUGAAUAUCGCUUUUAUACCGAAUUCCAAAGCCAUGAUGCCGAGUUUGACUAUCUCAAGUCGUUAGAGAUUGAAGAAAAGAUCAACAAGAUCAAAUGGCUAAGACGAUCGAAUCAGUCGAAAUUCCUACUUUCAACAAACGACAAAACCAUCAAACUUUGGAAAGUCUUUGAGAAACAGAUCAAAAUCGUCCAAGAGAACAACAUGAUUGAAUGCAACAAGACCCAUAGCAACAAUUCCAGUACAAGCUCUUCAGCUCUCAACUCAAGCGCGGCAGUUGCCGAUUCCACCAACACAGCCUCUGCGCUCAGCGUAGCAUCUCAGAUAUCGUCGUUUCAAACCAGUUCCAGCUUUAUCGGUGGAACCAAUAACGAUAAUAUAGAGGACGAAGAGAAUAUAGCGUACAGCAAUUCCAACACUGGCGACCUUCAGACGGAUACUAUUGAAAGUGACAGCGGAGAAACUACGAUGGCUACAGUAUCGUCACCGAGUGUCUUGAAAGUGACUGAUUACUUUAAGUCUGUGGCAAAUUUGAAGCUUCCGAGACUUACCGUGCAUGACACUAUAACAGCGGCUCAACCUAAGAAAAUAUACGCUAACGCACACGCAUACCAUAUCAACUCCAUUAGUGUGAAUUCCGACGAAGAAACUUUCAUUUCGGCGGAUGACUUAAGAAUCAACUUGUGGAAUUUGGGAAUUGCCGAUCAAUCGUUCAAUAUUGUUGAUAUUAAGCCUGUGAAUAUGGAAGAGUUGACAGAGGUUAUCACAUCAGCAGAAUUCCAUCCUAUCGAUUGCAAUCUGUUUAUGUAUGCUUCUUCCAAAGGACUCAUUAAGCUGAAUGAUAUGAGGGUCAACUCGCUCUGUGACAAUCAUGCCAGAGUCUUUGAAGAAUAUAUGGAUCCUUCGAAUCAUAACUUUUUCACUGAAAUAACCUCGUCGAUAUCCGAUGUAAGGUUUUCCUCAAAUGGACGAUACAUAGCCAGCCGAGAUUACAUGACGGUGAAAAUCUGGGAUAUCAACAUGGAGACGGAGCCUGUUAAGACCAUCAAUAUUCAUGAACAAUUAAGGGACAGAUUAUGCGACACUUAUGAGAAUGACGCCAUAUUCGACAAGUUUGAGGUGCAAUUUAGUGGCGAUUCAAAGUCUGUCAUGACAGGUUCUUAUAACAACAACUUUAUGAUUUACCAAAAUGCAGUAACUCCUGAAUGCAAUGCAGAAAAGGAGACUGAGAAAGAGGUUGUGCUACAGGCGGAUAAAUCGGCGUUCAAGACCAAAAGAUUGGGCUCGAAUAAGCGCAAGAACCUCACCAUGAUGAAUAAGAUGGACUUUGAUAACAUCGAUUUCAAAAAGGCCAUUCUUCAUUUAAGCUGGCACCCUCAUGAAAAUAUCGUUGCGAUCGCUGCUACCAAUAACCUAUACAUAUUUUCGGCAUAUUGA